CUGGAGCAGUAGACAAAGUAGGUUGGGCAUUUGGUAUGGGAUUGGAGCGUCUGGCGAUGAAGCUGUACAACAUUUCUGACAUACGUUUAUUCUGGAGCAAGGACCCAAGAUUCACCAACCAAUUCAAGGUGGAAGAUCCCAGUACUCAAAUUAAAUUCAAGCCACUCAGUAAACACCCAGAAUUGAAAAAUGACAUUUCAUUUUGGAUUCCUGCCAAUUAUGAGGAGAACAAUUUCUAUGAUCUUGUACGUUCUGUAGGAGGAGAUCUUAUAGAAAAUGUAGAACUGAUAGAUGAGUUUGAGAACAAAAAAUCUGGGAAAACAAGUCACUGCUACAGAUUGAUAUACAGACAUAUGGAGAGACCACUGACACAGGAUGAAGUCAAUUUAGUGCACCAGAAAAUAGCAACAGAUGCUACUAGUAAUCUUGGAGUAGUGAUAAGAUAA